GGGGGCUGAACAAAAGGAGCUGCCACUCUAGAAGACAUGCUGGAGCUGUCCUGGGGCUGGUCCAGAGCCACCAUCCAACCGAGUGAAGAGGCAGAAAGCCUAGUGGCAGCAGAAGCAACACCAGUGAUCGUGUGGGCUGUGAGCCUGAAGGCAGAGACCGGCAGAGUUUACUGGAAGCCAGUCUCCCAGAGAAUAACAGCUCCCUGCAUGGCAGUGGUUCAGGCUGUCCCCCAGCCCCAAGUCCCUCCAGCCCUUUGGGUCCUGAGCUCCCUGGCCUUGGGAAUUAUGCUUUGUGCCUUGUGCACCACCUGCCACAGGAAUGGUAAAAGAAGGCAGCAGUCUGGGCUAAAGGUAGUGGAUGAGUCAUUACUGAGACAGACGAAGCUCCGUUCACUCAGCAAGUCGGACUCCAAACUGCAUGAACUCAACCGAGGCACCAGGAACAGUAAAGCCCAGCGUCCUAUCAGCAUUGACCUCCUAUACCCACGGUGGCCAGGAGGAAUCAGGGCUGAUGUUCAGAUGACUACAGUGCCUCCUGUCCUUAUUCACCGUGAACUACCUCAGCCUCCUCUUGCUUUAGACUUCUUGGCCAUUGAGUCUACCUAUUCCAAUGUGAGGCUGGCAGCAGUCCCAAGAGUUCCUCCUAUGACACAGUGUGGAGGGGAACAGCCCAUGAUUUCAGAGAAGUCAGUGAUAGCAGAGUAUGCCUACGUACGGAAGAUCAAGAAAGGGGCUGAGGUGGGACCCAGUCUGCCAAGUCCCAGUGAUUCAAUCCCUCUGGAGAGAGGAGCCCAGCAAACUGGAAUAGCAACUGAGGUGGAGGUCCUGUAUUCCAAAAUCAGCAAGCUAGGCCGAAAACCCUUGGAAGCCACCUGGAACAGAGCUCCCUGUAACCAAUUGGACAGAAAUACUCAGGCUCUGCUAGUGGAGGCUGAAGAUGAACAGAGCCAGAGUCCAGCCACAAAUUCCUCCUACAGGACUAACAGCCCCACCUGGGGCAGGAAGACAGGAAAUGGGCCCACUGAGAAUUUUUAUGAGAGCAUCAGCGAAAUGGAGGGGCUUGGAAAGGUAGCCCUUCCAGGAUUACUUGGUAGAGCACAGACUCAUAGACCUUCUGAAGGUUUAUGAAAAUGAGGGGAAAAAAUAAAGGCUAAAG